CAGAGCUAACCAUGAUGGCUUUAUAUCCCAUUCUUUGUUUCUCCUUCUUCUUCUUCUUCUUUCUCAUUCUCAAUUCCAUUAAACCAGUGGCUUCACAAGGUCAAUGGGAACUCCUCCAGCAAAGUAUUGGCAUAUCAGCCAUGCACAUGCAAUUACUCAACAACGAUCGCGUCGUUAUCUUCGACCGCACCGACUUCGGCCGUUCCAAUCUCUCCUUACCUGCUGGUAUAUGCCGGAAUGACCCAAACGACUACGCACUCCGUCAUGACUGUACUGCUCACUCUGCUGAGUAUGACGUAAGCAAAAAUUCUGUCCGUCCCCUUAUGGUCCAAACCGAUACUUGGUGCUCUUCCGGUGCUGUCUCUAUUGACGGCAACUUCAUCCAGACCGGCGGAUCCCAUGACGGUGACCAUGCCGUCAGAAUUUUCAAACCGUGUAGUACUUGUGACUGGCAAGAGUUUCCAACUGGACUUAAUCAACGACGUUGGUAUGCCACCAAUCAUAUACUACCAGAUGGACGAGUCAUCGUGAUCGGCGGCCAAGAGAACAAUUACGAGUUCUAUCCCAAAUCCACAACUGUAUUCUCGUUACCUUUUCUGGAACAAACGAGCAAUCUCUACCCAUUUGUUCACCUCAAUGUGGAUGGCAACUUAUUCAUCUUCGCCAACACUCAAGCUAUCUUGUUCGACUACACCACCAACUCUAUCGUGAAAACUUUCCCAGUAAUUCCAGGUGGUCGUCGGACCUACCCCUACACGGGUUCCUCAGUUCUCCUUCCACUAAAGAACUUACAAGGGUCUUCAGUGGAAGCUGAGGUCCUCAUCUGUGGUGGAGCUCCAUUGGGGUCAACAAAUUCGGGGAAUUUCAUCGGAGCCUUGGAUACAUGUGGGAGGAUCCGAAUUACUGACCCGAAUCCGACAUGGACCAUGGAGACUAUGCCACUCGCUAGAGUGAUGGGAGACAUGAUCUUACUUCCCAACGGCCAAAUCUUGAUCAUUAAUGGCGCUGCAAGGGGGCUUUCCGGGUGGGAAUCUGGUAGAGAUCCAGUGUUCUACCCGGUUCUAUAUCAACCCGAAAACCUGAUCGGAUCUCGGUUCCAAGUACUAAACCCAACUACCAUUCCACGUAUGUACCAUUCGACAGCAAUCUUACUACGUGACGGUCGAGUUCUAGUGGGAGGAAGCAAUCCCCAUCAGUACUACAACUUCACCGGCGUUCUUUAUCCGACGGAAUUAAGCUUAGAGGCAUUCUCGCCUGCUUAUUUGGAUUCAAAAUUUUCGGCAUUAAGGCCUACGAUCAACGCCCCAUUAUCAUACACUAAGUUAAGUUAUGGGCAACGAUUUAUGUUACAGUUCUCGGUGUCGAGUCCGGUGAAGACGAACAGCGUAGGGGUGACAAUGGUGGCUCCAUCUUUCUCAACGCACUCCUUCUCCAUGAAUCAGAGAAUGUUGGUGCUGGAUGGCAGAAAUGUGAUUGGAAUGUCGAAUUCAUUGUAUUCCAUGGCAGUGACGACUCCAAAAUCAACUUUCCAGGCACCUCCUGGGUAUUAUCUUUUAUUCGUGGUUCAUCAAGAUAUACCUAGUGAGGGGAUUUGGGUUCACCUCCAGUGAUAUUUACUAUUAU